AGAUACAGUCAUCUGCUGUUUGAAUCCUCAUUGUUGAGCUUCGUAGUUACGCAGUACAGAGUACAAAAAUGGCUAUUAGAACUCUGCUAUUUCGGUUUAUCGUUGUUCUCUUAGGUACUACAGUGGUUUCAGCAUAUGAGUUAAACGAAGAAAAGCUUAAGGGGCUGAAGACACCUUUUCAACAAACUCCACCGCUUCAGAUUCCACCACUUCAAAUGCCUGAAAUUGGAAAUUCAUUUACACCAGUUCAUGAAGGCGAAUUCACUCCACCAUUUCCUGAUAUUGGAAAUAAUUACAUGAAUCACGGUGAGGGGAAUCCACAUUUCCAUGAUUGGCAUGAAACAUCGGAUGAUGGUGGGUCGUAUGUUGAGAAUGGGUACGGGAGGAAGGUCGGGUACCACUCAAAUCAUGAGGGAAGUAUCAGCGAAGGCAACAAUGAUAAUAAUGAGGACUUCUCCGAUAUAUCUCAUGACGAGCCAUUAUCUUAACUUAAGUCUCCACAAAUAAUAAUAGUGUCGCACAUGAUUGUAAUAAUAAGCUUGACAAUAAUUAAGUUAGAUCAAAUUAUUCUCUCAUGAAAUGUAAUCUCAAUAUUUUUUUUCGAUUAAUAUAAUAUAAUAGACUUAA